GUGGCAAGGACGAGGCCAGCGUGGUACGCGUGCGUAUGUACCUUGUCGGCAAGUACGCCACAUGAAAGUCCAGCUUUGUCCGGUCACUGCUCGGUGAAGAGUUCAUUGAAAACGCGGACAGCACCGACUCCAUUUCCAUCCAUCGAUCCAGACUCAGAAUGCAUCUCUCCUCUUCAACCGCCACAGGCACACAAGCAGCGGCACAAAUUCUUGUGGACGACAGUCAACAUAGUUUCUUUGCCAAUCUUCUCACAGCUCGUAUCCGAUCAUCUCUAGAUCUGGUCAAGAAAAUCAAGGAGGCUCCAGAGAUACCACAACCAUCUGCAUGGUUCAAGCUCAAGAAACUCGCCACGUCCCUACUUCGAAGUACUGCUUCGUCUACUUUCCCUACUGCCUCCGCUACCGGCACCGGAGCAUCUGCUGCAUCCUCUAUCAACAAUGAGUUUGCCAAUGUUCCCCACGCUGAUGAACUGAUCAAAGUAGCACCAGAUGUUAUCUCUCAAGUUCGCUCGUCUGUCGGCAAUGUGGAUAACAGUUCAAAUGAAGUGGAAGCAGCAUAUGCGUUUGUUGAGCUGUGGGACAUGGGUGGACAGAUGCCGAUGUUGGUACAACAAAGCAUCUCGUUUUCAGUUUGUGACAGCGUGUACAUUGUGACUCUUGACAUGAGGUGUGACCUGGAUGAGGAGGUAACGGAAGACGUCUACCGCUUUGAUGGUCAGGAGAUUGUAACUUGCACACCGUUACCAGGAAUGACGCAGGCUGACUACCUUCACAUGUGUCUGUCACUGAUUGCUUUGCAGCAUAGGGCAGACACACACACUGACCAGCAGCAACAGCAGCAGCAGCAACCAGACACAGAGACGGGUAAGAACAGUAGCAGCAAUGGCAGCCACCAUCAUGAUGAGAGUAGCACAGCCGUCAUGGUUGUUGUUACACAUGUGGAUCUUGUCGACGACAACCAGAUGGAGAAGAAGAAGAAGCUGUUCUUCAAUGCCGUGUCCAAGCUGGCUGAAAGGGCCGCACCCAAAGUCAAGAUCUGUGGACCCUUCUUUGUUGACAAUCACCGUCUUCAAGAUCGAGUAUCGCGCCACAGCCAGCUCGCAGAAGCACAGCAAGAGCUCUCUAGAAUUGUGUCUGCCUUUCCCGUCCAAGCAAUUCCCUUGAUGCAAGUGAAGAUAGAAGAAGCUAUUUCUCUCCACCAGAAGACAAUGCUGCGCUCUGCAAAGGCAGGGUGCAGUGAUAAGCAGCAGCAGAGUUUUGUCAGCAUGGUCUACCCCCAGUUUGUAGACUUUUGUCGGCAUGUUAGCGGCAAAGAUCUCUCGCGGACACAAGUGUCUGAUCUACUGCAUGACCUUCAGCAACAUGGAACAGUAUUCUGCUGUGACUGCCCGCAUCCAGACACUUCAAGUGUCAUCUUCCUGGAACCUCAGCAGCUGCUACUCAGCUUUGUACGCUUGAUGACCUUCCCUCUAAAGGAGACAGCUUUUCCAAGCACCUCGGCAACAUUAGUCAAAGAUGUGAAACACUUUCGCUGCACGGGAAUUGCCAGCGCUAGCCUAAUAGAGAGAGUUUGGUAUCCACUAAGCCAUGUUGUUCAGCUAGCCCUCUGCAAAUCCAUGUGUUACUUCAAUCUGGCAGCAGAGCUUGAGCCCACCAGCAGCACAGCCACCAGCAGCACAGCCACCAGCAGUACAGCCACCAGCAGCACAGCCACCAGCAGUACAGCCACCAGCAGUACAGCCACCAGCAGUACAGCCACCAGCAGUACAGCCACCAGCAGUACAGCCACCAGCAGCACAGCCACCAGCAGCACAGCCACCAGCAGCACAGCCACCAGCAGUACAGCUUCCAGCAGUACAGAUACCAGCACCGGAGCGUGUGGCAGUGGAGUCGGCAGCAUUAGCAGCAGCAGCAGCAAGAACAGGAGCAGACAAGGCAGAUCUCUGGUUGUCACGCCAGGCCUACCCGACCUCUUCAUCCCGUUCUGUUGCAACCAGGAAGCAUUACGGUUGGUUUUGGAGGAUGAUGUUCCCUUUAAGCUACCGUUUAACCACCUCAGUUUCCCUGGGAUGCUGUUUCCUCCACCACUGUUCGGUCGCUUAGUCACCUACAUAAUUCAUCGUAUGAAGAAAGAGUCGGCCAGUCUUCAGUUCACAUCCAGUGCGGCAUCACUGAAUUUGGAGGUUGGUUGUAGUCAAGUAUGCCUUUGCUGGACACCGACAGGUGUUCGCUUAGAAUGCGCUGCUGAUACACCAUCCAUACUUGCUGAUGUGGCUUGGGAUAUGAAAAGUGCAAUUGUUGGCUUCACACAAGUUCUCAGCAGCCAAGGGUACCGGCAGUUUGCAGUUGUUGGUGAGUCUUUCGCCUGCACUUCCGCAUCAUGCCAGGAUCGCCUGAAGGAACGCAGCAGUCCUGCAGAGAUGCUGGUACACUCGUCGUGGGUGUUGCUGACCAGCUUGCACAAGAAGCAUUUCUUGACAGCGUACGAGUCGGAUAGCAGCACCGCUCUGACCUUCAAGGCUACGUGUGCUACCUGCAAGGAGAGGGUCAUUGUCCCGAGGUCCUUCUGGCCCUGGCUGCGUAAGGAUGUGCCAUUUGUCCAAGCUGAGCAGCCACUAGCAGCACCAGCGGCACAAGCAACAGCAGUGCCACCAGCAUUGCCAGCAACAGCAGUGCCACCAGCAGUGCCAGCAACAGCAGUGCAAGCAACAGCAGUGCAAGAACCAGCAGUGCCAGCAGCAGUGCCACCAGCAGUAAAAGAAACAGCAGUUCCACCAGCGGUACAAGCAACAGCAGCAACAGCAGUGCAAGCAACAGCAGUGCAAGCAACUGCAGUGCCACCAGCAGUACAAGCAACAGCAGCAGUAUCAUCAUCAGCAGUAGCAGCGGCAUUACCUCCGUCAUCAUCAUCAUCAUCAGCAGCAGCAGCUGCGUUAGCUCCCUCAUCAUCAUCAUCAUCAUCAGCAGCAGCAGCAGCAGCAGCAAUAGCACCCGCAGAGGCAGUUUCAUACCAACGGUCAACAUCACCGGAGAAGCUUGUACCAGAAGAUGGUUUAGCCAAGGUACUCCAACCGGAGCUGAACACUAACCAGCCAUAUGAGGAUGAGAAGUCGUACGGCGACCCAUUCCAACAGUGUGACUUUCUAACCGAUAUUUCGCCUUGGUUGGGCAAGUUACCAGCGGGAACAUUUCGUUUGAUGGCGCAAGAGGCCGGGUUCUUCUCCGAUCUGCAGCAGAUAGAAGACUUGAAGAGGAUUGAGGAACGACAUGGAACGCGCACUCACAACCAAAAGUUGGUCAACAUUGUAAGCAGCGAGGAACAGGCUGGCUACAUCAAGCUGGUGAAGCUCAUUAAACGCUGGGGUAACUAUCCCGACAAGGUCAACAAGAUGAACCAGCUUCUGCCACGACGGGUUCAUGUGUAAACGAUUGAGGUGUCAAGCACUUCACGCAGCACGCACUGGUACUGUUCCCUCUCUCUCUCUCUCUCUCUCUCUCUCUCUCUCUCUCUCUCUCUCUCUCUCUCUCUCUCUCUCUCUCUCUCUCUCUCUCUCUCUCUCUCUCUCUCCCUCCCUCUCUCUCUCUCUCUCUCUCUCUCUCUCUCUCUCUCUCUCUCUCCGUGGUGUGUUCUCUAUCUUACUGACUGGCUAUGUUAUCUAUCAAAUCCAUUCCUCCAUUCUUCCUUGGUCAUAUCUGCCAAUUUUUAGCAACAUUAUGUUAUUCUUGAUCACUACCCCACUAAAUAUACGUAAAUGAAAUAGUCUAGUAUGUUAGACAGUAGAGACAGCUAAUUGUAGGGGACCACACCAGGUUACUACGCCCGUUGCAGAAUUACUACUUAUAGUCAUGCAGAUACAUGAAACAUUUCCUUUGAAUUUUAUGAAUACAUAUAAUGGAAUAUUAUCAUUCGGCCGGAGUCCUCAACCUCAUUAGGCCGAGAAUGUUUGAAUAUUUUAGAGAUAUAUUUCAAGUUACUCUUUAUUUCUACAUUCCAGUCACUUAUAGAUGUACAAAUUCAUUCCAGCAGCUGA